AUGACUUCUUUCUGCUUCUCGCCUGCUUCGGCUGCCGCCCGCCCGUCUGAGACCGGUCCGCAGUCCAGGGUUCAAGUCCCUGCCCCCGUUAACGCCAGCACCCUCGUGGCCUCGCUCGGUUCCUUUCUCCGCCGCGUCCCUCGCCUUCUCGCAGCCGCCGUCACAAGCGCUGUCCGCCCGAUCCUCCGGUACAUCGGUACCCCGACACCCCCCGCGAUGCUUGCCCGUAGCUCGUCUUCUCGUCAACCCCAGACUGGAGCUACCCGGCCCUCGAUCACGGUGUCGUCCUCUCUUGGUAAGUCCUCUUCUGGGGGCUUUUGUUCUCUGUUUACGGAGCCUGUUGUGCACGUAACCACUCCUCCUCCCCGUGGGCCUCCGCAUGGAUGGACCCUGAGUAUGUCCCAUUACUUAGGGCCGGAAUCCCGGAUCAGUCCUUCUUCGUUCGGUUCUCCUUUUGUCAGGUCUCCUUCGCCAUCCGUUGGUUCUGCGUUUACGGCUCCUGUUGGACCUGUUUGCACUCCUCCCGGUCGGUCCCCGCAUGGCUUCACCCUGAGUAUGUCCCAUUACUUAGGUCCUGAGUCCCGGGUUGGUCCUCUGCCUUUGGAAGGUUCCUCGCCUUCGGUUGGAACUGUGGUUACGGAGCCUGUUGGUCCUGUUUGCACUCCUCCCCGUUUGUCUCCGCGUGCCUUCACUCUCAGUAUGUCCCAUUACUUUGAGUCGGUUCCCCGAGCCAGUCCUUCGUCUUCGGUUCGCUCUGCUUCAUCUGGUUCUCCAGGAUCUGGUUCGGUUUCCGUUUCCAACCUGGAGGACCCGUUUGUGGACGACGCCGCUGACCCUGCUCUGGCUUCGCCAAACCGUCCUUUGAUUUCGCCCAUCAGACCUCCUCCUGACUUUGAACAGUUGAUGGCCUUUGCCGACCGGCAAAUCAACCUGGCCCGCGCUUACACCGCUAAGCGUCGACCUGCCCCCGUCGCUGUUCCUGCUCCCAGGACCCCGGAGCCAAGGACUCCGGAGCAAAGGAUACUAAGGACUCCGGAGCCCUGGACGCUUUCGCCUAUGACUUCCUCGCCUUCGGUGGAUGCCCCCGUUGAGGAGUCUGGCUCGCUGUUCCGUGAUCCGGUUGACCCGCCUUGUACGCCUCCGCCUCGUGAGAUGGAUACCCUCGACCGCAGCGUUGAGCGGCAACGGCUCCGGGCCCGCGAGCUCAGCGCAGAGGCCAAGGCGAAGUUUGCGCAAAUCCGGGCUCUCCUGUCGGAUUGGUCUGCUCCCCAGAGGCGGUACGCGCCCUCUCACGACUACAGCACGGACUCGCCUACGCCGCACACCAUCUCCAACUGGGACUCGACCUUGGAAGAGGAUCGGGUUUCGGAAUACUCCUGGACCAAGGGCGCCUUCCCUGUCGCCUCUCCUGAGCUCCCUGGAGCUCUCGCAGAGUGGGAUUCGCCGGCCGCCUCCCCUGUGUAUUCUGGAUCCCCUGUCGCUUCUUCCUCUGGUUCUGUUGGCUCGUCUGGUUCCGUUGGCUCGUCUGGCUCUGCUGGCUCGUCUGGUUCAUCUGGUUCUUCCGGCUCUCAUCGUUCUUCUGGUUCCACUGACUCCUCUGGAUCUGGUGGCUCCUCUGGGUACUGUGCGUCCCCCGGAUCUACCGGAUCUUUCGGUACUUCCAGCUUUUUUGGGUCCCCUGGUUCUUCUGGUUCUGCCGAGGAAUCUGGAUCGAUCUCUUCCUUGCUGGAGCUUUAUGGUCCUCGUUCGCCCGUGCCUGCGCCUGUUCCCGUGCCCGUUCCUACGCCUGAGCCUGAGUUUGACCUGGUCACGUCCACGAUCACGACCCAGCCCAAGGGCAUGAAGGCAGUCACCCUCAAGAUCACCCGCCGCGUUCCUCGGGUUAGGUCUUAG